AUGAACAGUCCAUGGGAGCCCCAUACUCUCGUGAUACUUUUAUUUAGACUGAAACUGAUUCAAGUGCACAUUCCCCAUCAGUGCCUCUUGAAAGACCUCCUAGCAGAUAUCUUAUACUCUGGCAAACACGAUCUCCCGGCUGAAAUCGAGACCAUCAUGCAAUUGUACAAGCCUCGAAACCUACGCUUCUUGACCCCGAAACGUCUUCUUCCCACCCUUGACCUCAAUAGCCUACCGGACGGUGACGAUUUGAAAGAUCUUUUGUUUCUGGAUGCCGACAGUAGAUCGACGAUACGCUGCGCAGGUUCCUAUCUUCCGUCUGAUGGAUCAUGUCUUAAUCUAGUCGUAGAGGAACCUCGCCCAAUCGAGGAACUUUCAGAGAAAGGCGGUGUGCAAUUUAGGUCACGAGAGAUCGUUGUUUACUUAAAUGAGCAUAAUAUUGAAAUCAAGUCGACCGGACCUACGGUGGGCGCUGGAUAUCUAGGAGAGAAAGAAAAUCGAGUAUGGUGCAAACUCGUCGGAGAUGGCGAGCUAGAGACAUUCAGAACCCUCGAACUGUUGAAUCCAUCUGCCCAUCAUAUUGUGACGCUCCUUUUAUCACCCCCACCACCUCCCGACAGACCAAUACCUGGUCACAAUGCCCGACUUUGGUCUUGA